GAGUCACCGUGGCCUGUUUGUGUUCUGAAUCACGCAGGCUUACCACGACCCCAUGCUGAAGUUGGGCAUCAUGAACGAGGAAGAAUUAACAAAGAUAUUUGGAGACCUCGACUCGUUUAUUCCACUGCACCAAGACCUGGUCAGACGUCUGGAAGAGGCUCGUGGUCCCGACGGCACCGUGAAGGAAGUGGGACAAACCCUCGUCACGUGGCUGCCGUGCAUCAACGCGUACACCAGCUACUGCGGCAACCAGGUGGCGGCCAAGGCGCUGCUGGACCAGAAGAAGCGCGACCCGCGCGUGCAGGACUUCCUGCAGCGCUGCAUCGAGUCGCCGUUCAGCCGCAAGCUGGAGCUGUGGAGCUUCCUGGACGUGCCGCGCUCGCGCCUCGUCAAGUACCCGCUGCUGCUGCGCGAGAUCGAGCGCCACACGCCCGCGGAGCACCCCGACGUCGACCUGCUGCGCCACGCGACGGAGAUCGUCCGGGGCAUCCUCUCGGAGAUCAACUUGCGCACGGGCGAGUCCGAGUGCUGCUUCUACCGCGAGCGGCUCGAGUUUGUGGACGCGCGGCACCGGGACCCGCGCAUCGCCUCGGCGCGUCUCCUGCACUGCCACGGGGAGCUGCGCAACCAACGUGGCACCAAGCUGCACGUGUUUCUGUUUGACGAGGUGCUGGUGCUCACUCGGCCUGGCGCACGCGGAGAGAGAAGUUUCUACCAGGUGUUCCGGCAGCCGGUCCCCACGGCGGAGCUCCGCCUGGAGGACAUCACGGAGCCAGGGGGAAGAGGCUCCUUCCGUGGACCCUUCGGGCCAAACGAUCGUGGCAAGAACGCGUUCCGCGUGGGCGUGGGGCCCAUGGGCCGAGGCCACACCCUGCAGGCCGACAGCGCCUACAACAAGCGGCGCUGGCUCGCGUGCCUGGGGACCGCCCUGCAUGGACGCGCCCAGGGCACGGGUCCCCCGCCGAGCCCCCCCGAGAUCCCCGCCGACGACAGCGGCCCCCCGACGCCCGGCGAAGCGUACAGCGACGCGGAGGAGGCGCCCGGGUCGGUGCGCUCCGACAUGGAGCUGUCCCUGGGCGGAUUCUCCGACUCGGAGUCCGAGCGGUCCGAAGUGUCCUCCGUCAUGGACACGAGUGAAGUUCUCCACAUGACCUCCUGGCGAGGCCGGGAGGGCCCUGGGUUUCUGGACGAGAUGUCCAGGGACUGCUUAUCUGACCGCGAGGAGGUCUCCAGCGGGCAGGAGGACUGAAGGGAAACGUCCUGUCAAGGGGGUCCUUCACUCCCUCCUCUUCACACGACAUCCUCCUAUUGAAUCAUCACCCGACGACUUUCCACACACAGAGACGAAUGACCAGCAUUGACAACAUUACCGUUGUUGAUCAACGUUGUAUGACAAUAGAAAAAGAGGCCGACGGAUGGUAUGGGUCCUUUUUUUCUGGCUCCUAUAAUACCCCUUUUCCACUGGCACAGCCGAGCCGAGCCAGCGCGGAGCCCUCACGGUACUACGGGUAGCUUCCUCCCACUGGCAAUUUGCCGCGCCGAGCUAGAACCAAACCGUGACCCACUGUAAAUCUAGCUCCGGGGGGCCAAGCAGGGCCAGGGGCAGGGUUAAUCACACGUGCAUUGCGUGCGACGUCAAUCGAUGCAAUUCCAACGCAGCGUCACCGCGGCAUCUGCGCGCGCCUCGACUCGUUUAUUGCGUUAGCGACGUCAGCGGCACGGCUCGGCUACUGCAGUGGAAAAACAACCUGACUCCUUCUCGGCCGCGCCCAGCUGGCUCGGCCUGGCGCAGCUACUGUAAGUUGUCCAGUGGAAAUGAGGUAUUUGCUGUGCGGUGUCGGCAGAAGGUAUUGCCACACCUGAAGUGCCUUCAAUGAUAUUAACCAGAGGCUCGGAGCGCCCCGCCAACUGCUCUUGGGGUUGUUAGUAAAAUGCUGAUCUACGCAUUCAUAGUCAUGUUUCUUUGUAAUAUUUUAAAUGUUGGAUGUUGGGUACCGUAUUGCUGUGAGUGUUAAAUACAAAGACCGCAAAGCAAUCAAUUGUUCUCUUUAAAAACGCCAGUUCAUCAAAACUUCCAAACGGGCAGCUGGUGUUUUAAAUGACAACGUCUUUGGUUGGAUUUUUAACAAGAGGACUUGUGAGAUGGAAUGCCAUCUCUGUAAUUGUCGUGAAUUACGUUUUUUGUUUUAAUCUCAAUCUCGCUUAAAACAGUUGCUCGCAGUCAUGAAGAGGUUCCUUUUCAGUGACCAAUUACCUCCCUGGUUUAAUUUGCCAGCCUAACUCUAUGGAUUGCCGUGAGCGAGUUCAAUCUUCCGUAGGUGUUGCACUCAUUAUUUUGGGCUACGACAGCCUUUUCGCAUGUUUCGCUACCCACGUUUUAACGAGGGCGGAGGGGAGAGGGGGGGUUCGUGUAGACAUCGGCUAAUUGGAAUUCGCCGUUAAAUUGUGGCGGCGUAGUACAACGGACGCAGAUCGCAUACUCCUCUAGACGCUGUGGAUCAUUCGUAACGCCACCGCAAAUGCAAACGCAGUUGUUUCACGGCAGGUUUUUGUCAAUGAAUUUCACCCUUCCACUGUGCUAGUCUGAGUCUAGUUUCUCAUCUGCCAGUUGCACGCAGCGCUAUGGGGGCGGGUUAGAAUGCGAAUGUUUAUCACCGAUGGCAUCACACCUCGCGUGUGAAACGAGGCUCGUAUGGCAUUCGUUUUUUUAGUGCACGAGCCACCAGGGAUGUAUAACCUCACGGUUUCGCGUAGACUUUAACCUUCACGAACAAAGGCUUGUCAAACCUUGGGCAUUUCUCCAAACACCUUAAGCCAUGCAAAUAUAAGUCUAAUAGUGCCACAUAUGCCUGUGCCAAGACCAGGAGCCUAACGAAAUGCAAAACAAGCCAAUCAGACUUUAGCACAGACCGAACGCAUUCUCCCGCGCCAGCAGACGGAGCCAAGAUGAGGCCACGCAGUCCGAUCUCAGUGGAUAUCUGGCGCCGGUGCUCACUCGAAUGCGAAGUGCAUACGUGUGUUUUUUAUUUUAUUUAUCUCCGCGUUGUUGACAAAUGCUGUACGGGCACAGUGGGCUUUAUUUUAUUUAUUUUUUGUAAUGAAAACUAUUGUGUUGUGGGACGACAUUCAGCCACGUGACAUGUGAUGCCAGUGUUUAUCAAUUAGGGUGCCACUCAGGGUCACACCUCCUGCUCUUAUUCUUUUGCCUGUUAAUCUGAAGUGUUGCGAGUGUCAAGGCAAUCCCUCAAUAUUUCCUGGUUGCUCAACAUCGGCGCUAAAUUCGUUCCGGUCGAUACCCACCGUGGCAUCGAAGCAAAGAGGAGGAGGAGGGGAUCCUGAGCAAACUGUGGAUAUGAAUCGAGUAGAAUAAGAUUCUGCUGACUUUUCCACGAAAAGUCACAACUGAAACUUGACUUUUCCGUUUGCGUAUCGAGUGGCACCCUACUUCCUCCAUACAUGGUAUGGAAUAUCAUGUAAUGUGGUUUGUCUCCGCAGUGGCAUUGUCAGCAUUUGCUUUGGUCCAAUAUCCUCCUGCCUUUUUAAUAUGGCAGUUUUAACGACUCUUUGCGAGUUUCCCAAAACGCCCGACAAAUUGGGCACUUUAAAGCGAUAAUAAUCACGACCCAGACCACGCAGUGCUGGGUGGAAGCAGGUCAGCACAAUAGCCAACUGCAUUGCAACGAGUUACAUUCGAACAGAGAAUAUUUCAGGGAUUCCUUAAGGGAAGUGGACACCGCAAUGGUGGUGUGAUGGUGAAGGCUUCUCUCUGCAAGGCAUUGAGCUCCGAUCGAGUAAUCCAUGCCAAACGGAGUAACGAUCAAAGUUCUGCUCGGUCACCCCGGAAGCGUGGAGUUGGCAAAUCCGAUAAUCUAUGCAAUCGAUCGUCAGUUCGAUUGCUCUACUAAACGGUCGACGAGAUAAAAAACAGUGGGGUAAAUAAAGUUUUACCUCUAUUCCCUGCGUGGGCCGCUGAAUGUGGAGGUGAUGGAGUGAGCACCAACAAGGCAUCUGAGCGAGUGGCGUCUUUGUGGCAUGCCAGCGUCGUGAAUAGCUUUGCAAAUGUAUCUUUGGCAUUGAGAGUCAAGAAUUGUUCGUUCGGGGCAUUGGGUUCCAUAUGUAUGUACGUACGUGUGUGCGUUUUUUAAGCUUGUUUGUGCUUAUUAAGAUUCCACUUUCUUGGAAGGGAAAUUGAGCCAAAGGAUUAAUCUUGGUUGAUGUAGAGUAUUCGGUGAUUAAUUAAGUGCAAACCGGCCUGUGUACAAAUACACAAUCCUAUGACGAUAUAGCAGUUGGCAUAUGUACAGGAGCCGUAAAUGAUUUCACUGCUCAUUGAUGCAAUUUAAGAGGGCUGAUUAAUGUGCAGAUCUGAACUGGGUAUGACCACCAGAACCAGAUAUGGCCCAUCACUGAGAACUCAAAACCGUUGAGACCACCACUGGUACAUUUUACAUGUUUACCGAUUAUCUUAGCGCAUUGUGCCUACUUUACGUUCAAAUGGCAAUCCGAAUUUACAAGGUAAUUCAAUCAAAAGCAGUUUUAAAUCGAAAUCAUUUUAUUAUUGACGCAGUAUCUGCGUAAAAUAAGAAAGCAUUGGUUGAAGUAUAAACCUGAAAACAAUUGGUCCUUAAGUACUAGAGGUCACUGAAUAGCCACAUUAUGGUAUUGCACUCCAGUAAUCUUAGCGUUGUGUACCGGCGACAGACAACAUCUACUGUAGCAGAGAUUUUUUCGAAAUCUUGCCUUGAAAUAUAUUAAUCUAGUCAAGAUUUGAGUCUUAAAGUAGAUUUUAAGCUGCAAGUGUAUAUAGUAUCAUUUGGCAUCUGGGGGUUGUUUGCGUAGGGGUUCUGUAGCAUUCACGGAUUAAUCAGAACUCUAUCCUGCAAUUUGGAAAACGUGCCAAAUAGGUCGAAUACUUACCUUGCCAUGCUACUACUUUGCAGAAGGUCCUCCACUGCAGAGAGCUUUAGAGAGCCCCUCUAGAAGGUAGUGUGGCCUACUCUUCCACUCUGACUUGAGGUUUUGGAUGAAGCGGGACUACCCACACUUUACCCCACCAAAUAUACGACUUGUCGAUCGACACGUCUGCUGAUGGAUAGGCUUCCGCGCCAGUAGAUCGAAUCAAACCGGUGACCUCUGGUUUCGCUGGCCCACCGCACUGCUAACUAACCCUUAGACCACUGCAGCAUCAUUGCCAAAUUAGUAUUCCCUUAACAAAAAAGAAUGAGACUUGGAGAAAAGGAGUAUUAUGGUAUGGGGUGUAUUCGUUGCCAGGUUUUCAGCUGCAUGAGUUAAGAGUCAAGGUAAGACUGAUUAAAAUGAAAUUCCAUUCUCUACCCCUUUGCUGUUUCUCCAGAAGGUGUUUUUUUCAAUGAAAAAUUACAAUGGCAUUUUUGUUUGAUGGCAUAAUCUCAGCUGACAUUGCAAAACCGUGUCGAAAUACUCUUCCGUCAUGCGAUACCAAAUCGUGGUUCAUGUGUUAAGGUCGAUUGAACAAGACUAUUAUAUUUUUUUAUUAUAAGUUGUAUAAUUUGGCGUUGGCACAAACUAAACAUCACGCCUGGUUAAUUUGUCUUAUCAUUGAUAGAGUUCUUUUUAAUGAAAUUUUAUUUUAAUUUCUUUUAAUAUACAGUACUACAAAGGUAAUUAGGUUGUUAGCUCUUAAAUACAUAUUUAAUUUUUUAUUGAUUUCUGAUGGUAUAUUUAAUCAAGCAUGCAGAUACCUGCAGUUUUAAAUUAGCUCGUAAGUUAUUUUCACUUUAUAUAGUAAAAGUACUAUAUAUAUAAAAUGAAUACGUGAGGGUUUUUUUGGUGACAAUUUUCAACCAUACUUAAGACGAUAUUGAGAGAGAAAUGAACAAAGAAUCGUAAGACUGAUAGAAACUGACAAGAACAAGUCUGUGUUGAGUGUUUAUAAUGUUUCAAGGGUUUCCAAUGGAUUUCACAUCUCAUUUUUAUAUACGGUACAACAUAGAUCUGGUCCGCCAGGCACUGACGUACAGGCGGGCACAUGGCAAGGUCAUAUACGUGAACAUCCAUGGAAAAUGACAGCGACACCAUGCAUAUAUACUGCACUGGGAUGUGGGCAGUUCAUUGGUCAGGGAGGAUAUGUGACGUUUAUAAUGUCUGCUUCCCACCUCUUAAGCAGCACCACUGUAUGCAGGGUAACGCGUGUAAAUGUUACCUUGGUUUAAAACUUGACAAAGAGGUUUGGCAGUUUUCGUUGCCUUUUCCCCAUGGUGUGGUGAAUCGAUGUCGUAAAUUGGAUUGUUGGAAGACGUGAAUUAAGGCGGCGUGGCUCAGUUGCCAUAAAGUUGGCGUCGCGAAAAAAGUCAUUGCCUUGAAAUGCAAUUCGCCGAGAAAGACUUGGAAAGUUGGCUGCACAGUAAGAGAACGUGUUGUUCAGGUGGUCUGCGGAUGUUAUAUGGAGGUGCUUGGAGCACCGUUGGUCGGAAAGGAAUGCACUGUACACUCUAUAUGGCAGGUGGUCUCAAGUCCUACAUCGCAAAUGAAAAGGGUGCAGACUCGUACGUGACUGCAUAUUACACUCCAGUCGUAACUCACAACGUGGCUUACUUUCAGCCUGGAGCUGUCUCCAGAGAAUAAUAUCUGCCUCCCAGUACGACUGGUAGUGGAAACGCUUUAAAAUACAGGAGAUCUUCCUUUUCAAAAAUACUAAGACCACCGGUCAUGUAUGUAUGUGUACCGCUGUAUCGUGUAAUGGUAAGGUUUGUCGUGAAUGAAGGUAUUGGGAAAGGGAUGAACAGGACAAAACAAAUGAACGGAAACACCGCUUCAGGUCUGCAUUUAAGUAUUAUUAUUUUUUGCCAAGAAACACAAUUUCACCUCAGAUUAGUUGAGGUUCUAGGGUCAUUAUAGGAAGUGCGUGUCAACAGGCAAAGCUUUACCACCGUCAUAAAACACAACGGAAUUAUCAAACAGUUUAGUUGUAUUUUAGUGUGAAUGCAAAACACUCGGCAUCUACAAAACUGUGCUUAUUUUUACAUGAAAUUACUUCAUGCUGGCCUUUUGCAGUGGUUCCGUGACUUUGUGUCCAAUGGUUAAAAAAAGGUAUUUUGAGAGUACAGCUUUGGUGACUCAGAGGACUGAUGUCACGUUUGUGUGGUAAUGUUUUGGUUGUAAUGUUUUAGGGAAUGUUUAGUUUUUUAGUUAAGAGGGAACGACUUCAAAUGGUCCACACAAGUAGCAGGUGGCUGAUGAGAGGCACCGCGCAUCAAGGUGACUGACUGGGCCAUCGGCCAAACAAUGGAGAGAGGAGGAAAGAAAAUCACCUCUUAAAUUUCAACAACCACGUCUCCACUUUCGGAUGGAAUUCCACCCUCCCCAACCGGCCCCCCUGAUAAACUUAAAAUUUUUCACAACAAAUUAUUUUUCAUCGCCACUCUCGUUACAAAGUGCCCGGUUUUGCUCUCGAUGUACACUGGCUUGGAGCAGUAAUCGCCACGAGGUGCUUGUUCAGUUAUCUUCCCCCCCCCCCCCAGGAGGUGAUUUCAAGAGACAGUCUCGGAAACGAUUUCGAUGGAUUCCUGAAGUCAAAAUUCGAUUCCAAUGUCACAUUAACAACCGCCACGAUUUACAAAGCGUGUUUAUGACUUUGGCGUCCAUUCUAUCAGCUGAACGAUUCAGCAUGCUGCUGCUGUACAGCGUUGCAGUGGCUGCACGAGUGCAAGUGACUCGUGUGUUUUAUUUUACGAUCGUAGAAAGUGGCCGAGAGAUAGGCGACAAGGUGGCGUCUUGAUUUGUUACUGACUGUGCUUGGGUCGCUUUCUUCUUCUGUAUGGGGCAUGUACAUUUGUAAAGUACACUGUAAAUUGUUACCAAAUAAAAUGUUGUAAAAUCGUAUUUUUGUUUU